UGGAACUGCAAGACAGAGGAAGAACACAGGAAGUUUCAAGUCUUUAACACAGAUGCUACACGUUCACUCAGUCAUUCAGUCAGUCAUCAGAAGGGCAGGAUGGAGCUCCGUCCACUCUGUGUGAUGCUCUUGCUGACUGGAUUCAUCCACUGUACGCAAACAGGAGAGCUAAAGGCCACACUCACACUGCAGUCUGGUGGGACAGAAGUAUUCAGAGGAGAGAAUGUCACCCUUAAAUGUGAAAUAAAGGGAGAAGACAAGUGGACUUACACCUGGUUCAAGAAUGAAGCUGAAAUUUCUACUAUAAAGACAAGUGAAUACACCUUUAUGGUGAAUGAUGAGGCUACAUUUACCUGCAUGGGUAACUGGACUGUAGGUGACCCACAGAGCACAGAAAAGAGUGAUCCUGUUCGCCUGUCUGUGUCAGAAAAACCUAAACCUGAACUCAGAUCAGACCUUACAGGAGCUGCACUGACAGGAAACUCAGUGACUCUGUACUGUACACUGAAGCCGCAGUCUGCUGGAUGGAAGUUUUACUGGAGCACAUCGACACAGAGCUCUGAGACUGAAUCACACGACUACACCAUCAGAUCAGUUCGAGUCUCUGAUGGAGGUCGGUACAAGUGCAGAGCUGGAAGAGGCAACCCAGUCUACUACACACACUACAGUGAUGCACUCUGGGUAAAUGUUACUGAGAGUCCUAAACCUGUGGUGAUUAUAAAGCCUGAUAAGGAGGUGUUCAGAGGAGAGAGAGUGACUUUCAGAUGUGAGAUACAGAGAGGAAGAGACACUGAGUGGACAUACAGCUGGAAGAGGAAUGAUUACACACUCUCAUACCGAACAACACAGGAGUUUAGUCUUGAUUCAGUAGGAAAUGAUGUCAGCGGUAAAUACACUUGCAGUGGGAGGAGAAGUGACUCUCAGAGCUCAGAGACCAGUGAUGCUGUUACACUGACUGUAUCAGAAAAACCCAAACCGACUGUGAGUGUGAAUCAUCAGAGCCCCAUCUACACUGGAGACACAGUUACUCUGAGCUGUACUCUGCAGUCGACUGGAUGGACUUUUCUCUGGUACGAUUAUCAGCAAUCAAAAUAUCUGACACCUGAUGAUCCACACAGUAACACACACACUGAGACAGUGUCUAUUGAAGGACGAAUAAAGUACGCCUGUAAAGCACGCAGGGGAAACUAUGACUCAGAGUUCAGUGAUCUAGUCAGGAUGAGAGUGACAGCAAGACCAAAGCCAGUAGUGACAAUACAGCCAGCUGGGCAUGUGUUCAUUGGAGAAACCGUCACUCUCACAUGUGACAUAGAGACUGGAGGAUCCUGGUCAUAUCACUGGUUUAGGGAUAAUACACAACUCAGUGAUGCCUCAUGGAAGAUUCAAUACACAAUCAAUACAGUUCAAACCUCUCAUCAAGGUCUUUAUACAUGUAACGGAAUACAGUCAUCACACCCAGAAUACACACAGACCAGUGAUGCUGUUACACUGACUGUAUCAGAAAAACCUAAACCUGAACUCAGAUCAGGCCUUAAAGGAGCUGCACUGACAGGAAACUCAGUGAGACUGUACUGUGCACUGAAGCUGCAGUCUGCUGGAUGGAAGUUUUACUGGAUCACACCCACACAGAGCUCUGAGACUGAGACUGAAUCACACGACUACACCAUCAGAUCAGUUCGAGUCUCUGAUGGAGGUCGGUACAAGUGCAGAGCUGGAAGAGGCAACCCAGUCUACUACACACAGUACAGUGAUGCACUCUGGGUAAAAGUUACUGAGAGUCCUAAACCUGUGGUGAUUAUAAAGCCUGAUAAGGAGGUGUUCAGAGGAGAGAGAGUGACUUUCAGAUGUGAGAUACAGAGAGGAAGAGACACUGAGUGGACAUACAGCUGGAAGUGGAAUGAUUACACACUCUCAUACCGAACAACACAGGAGUUUAGUCUUGAUUCAGUAGGAGAUUAUGUCAGCGGUAAAUACACCUGCAGUGGGAGGAGAAGUGACUCUCAGAGCUCAGAGACCAGUGAUGCUGUUACACUGACUGUAUCAGAAAAACUGAAACCUGAACUUACAUCAGACCUUACAGGAGCUGCACUGACAGGAAACUCAGUGACUCUGUACUGUACACUGAAGCUGCAGUCUGCUGGAUGGAAGAUUUACUGGAUCACACCCACACAGAGCUCUGAGACUGAAUCACACGACUACACCAUCAGAUCAGUUCAAGUCUCUGAUGGAGGUCGGUACAAGUGCAGAGCUGGAAGAGGAAACCCAGUCCGCUACACACACUACAGUGAAGCACUCUGGGUAAAUGUUAUUGAGAGUCCUAAACCUGUGGUGAUUAUAAAGCCUGAUAAGGAGGUGUUCAGAGGAGAGAGAGUGACUUUCAGAUGCGAGAUACCGAGAGGAAGAGACACUGAGUGGACAUACAGCUGGAAGAGAAAUGAUUACACACGCUCAUACCGAACAACACAGGAGUUUAGUCUUGAUUCAGUAGGAAAUGAUGUCAGCAGUAAAUACACCUGCAGUGGGAGGAGAAGUGACUCUCAGAGCACAGAGACCAGUGAUGCUGUUACACUGACUGUAUCAGAAAAACCCAAACCGACUGUGAGUGUGAAUCCUCAGAGCCCCAUCUACACUGGAGACACAGUUACUCUGAGCUGUAAUCUGCAGUCGACUGGAUGGAGGUUUCUCUGGUACAGAGAUUCUCAGAAAUCAAAUCCCCUGUCCCCUGGAGCCCGAGACACCAACACACUCAGUGAGACGCUCUCUAACGAAGGACAAAUAAAUUACUACUGUAAAGCACAGAGGGGAAACUAUGACUCAGAGUUCAGUGAUCCAGUCACGAUUAUAGUGAGCGCGAGACCAAAGCCGGAGGUGAACAUACAGCCAGCUGAGCAUGUGUUCACUGGAGAAUCCGUCACCCUCACAUGUGACAUACGGACUGGAGGAUCCUGGUCGUAUCACUGGUAUAGGGAUAAUAAAGAACUCAGUGAUGCUGCAGGAGAGAAAACAUACACAAUCCGUAAUGUUGAAACCUCUCAUCAAGGUCAUUAUACAUGUAACGGAACACAGUCAUCAGACCCAACAUACACACAGACCAGUGAUGCUGUUACACUGACUGUAUCAGAAAAACCCAAACCGACUGUGAGUGUGAAUCCUCAGAGCCCCAUCUACACUGGAGACACAGUUACUCUGAGCUGUAAUCUGCAGUCGACUGGAUGGACUUUUCUCUGGUACAGAUAUUCUCAGAAAUCAAAUCCCCUGUCCCCUGGAGCCCGAGACACCCACACACGCAAUGAGACGCUCUCUAAUGCAGGACAAAUAAAUUACUCCUGUAAAGCACAGAGGGGAAACUAUGACUCAGAGUUCAGUGAUCCAGUCACAAUUAUAGUGAGCGCGAGACCAAAGCCGACGGUGAACAUACAGCCAGCUGAGCAUGUGUUCACUGGAGAAUCCGUCACUCUCACAUGUGACCUACAGACUGGAGGAUCCUGGUGGUAUCACUGGUAUAGGGAUAAUAAACAACUCAGAGAUGCUGCAGGAGAGAAAACAUACACAAUCCAUAAUGUUGAAACCUCUCAUCAAGGUCUUUAUACAUGUAAAGGAACACAGUCAUCAGACCCAACAUACACACAGACCAGUGAUGCUGUUACACUGACUGUAUCAGAAAAACCUAAACCUGAACUCAGAUCAGACCUUAAAGGAGCUGCACUGACAGGAAACUCAGUGACUCUGUACUGUACACUGAAGCUGCAGUCUGCUGGAUGGAAGUUUUACUGGAUCACACCCACACAGAGAUCUGAGACUGAAUCACACGACUACACCAUCAGAUCAGUUCGAGUCUCUGAUGGAGGUCGGUACAAGUGCAGAGCUGGAAGAGGAAACCCAGUCUACUACACACACUACAGUGAUGCACUCUGGGUAAAUGUUAUUGAGAGUCCUAAACCUGUGGUGAUUAUAAAGCCUGAUAAGGAGGUGUUCAGAGGAGAGAGAGUGACUUUCAGAUGCGAGAUACAGAGAGAAAAAGACACUGAGUGGACAUACAGCUGGAAGAGGAAUGAUUACACACUCUCAUACCGAACAACACAGGAGUUUAGUCUUGAUUCAGUAGGAAAUGCUGUCAGCGGUAAAUACACCUGCAGUGGGAGGAGAAGUGACUCUCAGAGCUCAGAGACCAGUGAUGCUGUUACACUGACUGUAUCAGAAAAACCCAAACCGACUGUGAGUGUGAAUCCUCAGAGCUCCAUCUACACUGGAGACACAGUUACUCUGAGCUGUAAUCUGCAGUCGACUGGAUGGACUUUUCUCUGGUACGAUUAUCAGCAAUCAAAAUAUCUGACACCUGAUGAUCCACACAGUAACACACUCACUGGGACAGUGUCUAAUGCAGGACAAAUAAAGUACGCCUGUAAAGCACAGAGGGGAAACUAUGACUCAGAGUUCAGUGAUCCAGUCAGGAUUACAGUGAGAGGUACACCAAAGCCAGUAGUGACAAUACAGCCAGCUGGGCGUGUGUUCACUGGAGAAACCGUCACUUUCACAUGUAACAUACGGACUGGACGAUCCUGGUCAUAUCACUGGUAUAGGGAUAAUACAAAACUCAGUGUUCCUUCAUGGACGAAUCAAAACACAAUCUAUCAGGUUAAAACCUCUGAUAAAGGUGAUUAUACAUGUGAAGGAACACAGUCAUCAGACCCAACAUACACACAGACCAGUGAUGCUGUUACACUGACUGUAUCAGAAAAACCUAAACCUGAACUCAGAUCAGGCCUUAAAGGAGCUGCACUGACAGGAAACUCAGUGACUCUGUACUGUACACUGAAGCUGCAGUCUGCUGGAUGGAAGUUUUACUGGAUCACACCCACACAGAGCUCUGAGACUGAUUCACACGACUACACCAUCAGAUCAGUUCGAGUCUCUGAUGGAGGUCAGUACAAGUGCAGAGCUGGAAGAGGAAACCCAGUCUACUACACACACUACAGUGAUGCACUCUGGGUAAAUGUUACUGAGAGUCCUAAACCUGUGGUGAUUAUAAAGCCUGAUAAGGAGGUGUUCAGAGGAGAGAGAGUGACUUUCAGAUGUGAGAUACCGAGAGGAAGAGACACUGAGUGGACAUACAGCUGGAAGAGGAAUGAUGACACACGCUCAUACCGAACAACACAGGAGUUUAGUCUUGAUUCAGGGAGAAAUGAUGUCAGCGGUAAAUACACCUGCAGUGGGAGGAGAAGUGACUCUCAGAGCUCAGAGACCAGUGAUGCUGUUACACUGACUGUAUCAGAAAAACCUAAACCUGAACUCAGAUCAGGCCUUAAAGGAGCUGCACUGACAGGAAACUCAGUGACUCUGUACUGUACACUGAAGCCGCAGUCUGCUGGAUGGAAGUUUUACUGGAUCACAUCCACACAGAGAUCUGAGACUGAAUCACACGACUACACCAUCAGAUCAGUUCGAGUCUCUGAUGGAGGUCGGUACAAGUGCAGAGCUGGAAGAGGAAACCCAGUCUACUACACACACUACAGUGAUGCACUCUGGGUAAAUGUUAUUGAGAGUCCUAAACCUGUGGUGAUUAUAAAGCCUGAUAAGGAGGUGUUCAGAGGAGAGAGAGUGACUUUCAGAUGUGAGAUACCGAGAGGAAGAGACACUGAGUGGACAUACAGCUGGAAGAGGAAUGAUUACACACGCUCAUACCGAACAAUACAGGAGUUUAGUCUUGAUUCAGUAGGAAAUGAUGACAGCGGUAAAUACACCUGCAGUGGGAGGAGAAGUGACUCUCAGAGCUCAGAGACCAGUGAUGCUGUUACACUGACUGUAUCAGAAAAACCUAAACCUGAACUCACAUCAGACCUUAAAGGAGCUGCACUGACAGGAAUCCCAGUGACACUGUACUGUACACUGAAGCCACAGUCUGCUGGAUGGAAUUUUUACUGGAACACAUCAACACAGAGCUCUGAGACUGAAACAGAAUCAGGCCACUAUGUCAUCAGACCAGUUCGUGUCUCUGAUGGAGGCCAGUACAGCUGCAGAGCUGGAAGAGGAAACCCAGUCUACUACACACACUACAGUGAUGCACUCUGGGUAAAUGUUACUGAGAGUCCUAAACCUGUGGUGAUUAUAAAGCCUGAUAAGGAGGUGUUCAGAGGAGAGACAGUGACUUUCAGAUGUGAGAUACAGAGAGGAAGAGACACUGAGUGGACAUACAGCUGGAAGAGGAAUGAUAACACACUCUCAUCCCGAACAACACAGGAGUUUAGUCUUGAUUCAGCAGGAAAUGAUGACCGCGGUAAAUACACCUGCAGUGGGAGGAGAAUAAGUGACUCUCGGAGCUCAGACACCAGUGAUGCUGUUACACUGACUGUAUCAGAAAAACCCAAACUGACUGUGAGUGUGAAUCCUCAGAGCUCCAUCUACACUGGAGACACAGUUACUCUGAGCUGUAAUCUGCAGUCGACUGGAUGGAGGUUUCUCUGGUACACAGAUCCUCAGAAAUCAAAUCCCCUGCCCCCUGGAGCCCGAGACACCAACACACUCAAUGAGACGCUCUCUAAUGAAGGACAAAUAAAUUACUCCUGUAAAGCACAGAGGGGAAACUAUGACUCAGGGUUCAGUGAGCCAGUCAGGAUUACAGUGAGCGCGAGACCAAAGGUGAACAUACAGCCAGCUGAGCAUGUGUUCACUGAAGAAUCCGUCGUCACUCUCACAUGUGACAUACCAGUACGGACUGGACGAUCCUGGUGGUAUCACUGGUAUAGGGAUAAUAAAGAACUCGGAGAUGCUGCAGGAAAGAAAACAUACACAAUCCGUAAUGUUGAAACCUCUCAUCAAGGUCUUUAUACAUGUAAAGGAACACAGUCAUCAGACCCAACAUACACACAGACCAGUGAUGCUGUUACACUGACUGUAUCAGAAAAACCUAAACCUGAACUCAGAUCAGACCUUAAAGGAGCUGCACUGACAGGAAACUCAGUGACUCUGUACUGUACACUGAAGCCGCAGUCUGCUGGAUGGAAGUUUUACUGGAGCACAUCAACACAGAGCUCUGAGACUGAUUCACGCUACUACACCAUCAGACCAGUUCGAGUCUCUGAUGGAGGUCAGUACAGGUGCCGAGCUGGAAGAGGAAACCCAGUCUACUACACACACUACAGUGAUGCACUCUGUGUAAAUGUUAUUGAGAGACCUAAACCUGUGGUGAUUAUAAAGCCUGAUAAGGAGGUGUUCAGAGGAGAGACAGUGACUUUCAGAUGUGAGAUACAGAGAGGAAGAGACACUGAGUGGACAUACAGCUGGAAGAGGAAUGAUUACACACGCUCAUACCCAACAACACAGGAGUUUAGUCUUUAUUCAGGGAGAAAUGAUGUCAGCGGUAAAUACACCUGCAGUGGGAGGAGAAGUGACUCUCAGAGCUCAGAGACCAGUGAUGCUGUUACACUGACUGUAUCAGAAAAACCUAAACCUGAACUCAGAUCAGGCCUUAAAGGAGCUGCACUGACAGGAAACUCAGUGACUCUGUACUGUACACUGAAGCUGCAGUCUGCUGGAUGGAAGUUUUACUGGAUCACACCCACACAGAGCUCUGAGACUGAAUCACACGACUACACCAUCAGAUCAGUUCGAGUCUCUGAUGGAGGUCGGUACAAGUGCAGAGCUGGAAGAGGAAACCCAGUCUACUACACACACUACAGUGAUGCACUCUGGGUAAAUGUUAUUGCGAGUCCUAAACCUGUGGUGAUUAUAAAGCCUGAUAAGGAGGUGUUCAGAGGAGAGAGAGUGACUUUCAGAUGUGAGAUACCGAGAGGAAGAGACACUGAGUGGACAUACAGCUGGAAGAGGAAUGAUGACACACUCUCAUACCCAACAACACAGGAGUUUAGUCUUUAUUCAGUAGGAAAAUAUGACAGCGGUAAAUACACCUGCAGUGGGAGGAGAAGUGACUCUCAGAGUUCAGAGACCAGUGAUGCUGUUACACUGACUGUAUCAGAAAAACCUAAACCUGAACUCACAUCAGACCUUAAAGGAGCUACACUGACAGGAAUCCCAGUGACUCUGUACUGUACACUGAAGCCACAGUCUGCUGGAUGGAAGUUUUACUGGAGCACAUCAACACAGAGCUCUGAGACUGAAACAGAAUCAGGCCACUAUGUCAUCAGACCAGUUCGAGUCUCUGAUGGAGAUCAGUACUGGUGCCGAGCUGGAAGAGGAAACCCAGUCUACUACACACACUACAGUGAUGCACUCUGGGUAAAGGUUACUGGUGAAUCAGCUCCAGUGUCUCUGAUCAUCAGUCCCAGCAGAACUCAACACUUCACUGCUGACUCUCUCUCACUGAGCUGUGAGGACCAGAGUGACUCUACUGGAUGGACAGUGAGACGAUACACACACAAUGAGACACCGUUCAAUUGUUUAUCAUAUUCAGGAUCUACAUGUAACAUCAGCUCCCUCUCUGCAUCACACACUGGAGUUUACUGGUGUCAGUCUGAAUCUGGAGGACACAGUAAUCCUGUCAACAUCACAGUGCACUAUGGUGACGUGAUCCUGGACAGUCCUGUCCAUCCUGUUACUGAGGGACGUCCUCUGACUUUACGCUGUUUGUAUCGCAACACAAAGAUCUCAGAGUCUGGUGUUGAUUUCUAUAAAAAUGAUUCAGUUCUCCAGAACCAGACUACAGGAGAGAUGACCAUCAGGAGUGUCUCAAAGUCAGAUGAAGGUUUCUACCACUGUAAACACCCACAGAGAGGAGAGUCACCAAAAAGCUGGGUUUCAGUCAGAGUUUCAGCUCCUAGAUCCACUGGACUAAUUUUAGGACUGAGCUUGGCCUUCGUGUUUGCCAUCUUAAUGAUCUUAAUGAUCCUUCUGUUACGUUACAAGAAGAAAAAAGGUGUAAAAUAUCAGUCUCAGUCUUCUGCAGUAAAUCAGGACACCAAUCAGCUUGCAGCUGAUUCUGCAGCUGGCUCCAGUAAUACAGUCAACCCACAGGUUGUGACUAGAAAAAAGAAACAAAAUGGUAAGAAUGCUGCAUGA